AUGGACUCUCAACCAGAACUUCCCAUCCCGAUCUCUUAUGUAUCCGGUAGAUACCUCUUACACUCAAUUGAGGCCGUGACAUACCUGCGACGUGAGCAUCACAUCUGCGGCGUGCUCAUCGGGACGCUGCCCCAGAUCCCACAGCAGAAUGUCUUCCUGGGUCUCCCACUGGAACUCAUGCCCGAAGAGGCUCGGCUGUUGGUGGACAAGGAUGUAGCUUGCAUCGUAGACGAAGCCAAGGCCCAAAAGGGUAUGAACAAUCUACUAGAAGAGGAUUGCAGGAGAUAUCUCCGUGAGCUCGAAGCGGAAGGCCUCCAUUACACGCGACUGCAGGUCGAUCUCAAAGACUCGAAGCGAGAACAAACGAUGAAGAAACUAGAAGAAAAGAAAGCCAAAGCCGGGGCCAAGGCCAAAGCUGUUGCCGCUGCCGCUGCCGCGCAGACACAAACAUCUGAAGGCGCGGCUCCUAUGUCUUCCAUGAAGGAUGCUGCUGUCGUGGAUCUCUUCGCACCAGACGACACUCGCUCAUCUUCGCCCGCCACAUCUACGCCCUCUCGGAGUGCAAUGGCGAUAACCCCUGCGACAUCUUAUCCGCCGCUUCCUACGCCUCCAUCAUCGACCCACCUCGCAGCACCUGCAGUGCCUCCUUCAUACCCUCUCUUCGCCCAUUUACACUCCCGGGGCUACUUCCUCUCUCCGGGACUUCGCUUUGGAUGCCAGUACAUGGCUUACCCGGGCGAUCCACUUCGCUUCCACUCGCACUUCCUUGUGGUGUCCUAUGACUGGGACCAGAACAUCGAUCUGAUGGAUCUCAUUGUCGGCGGUAGAUUGGGCACUGGCGUGAAGAAGGGAUUCCUGAUUGGAGGCGCACAAAGGACAAUUGAUGAAGUUGAUUCAGAGGCUGAUCGUGUGGACACUGUCCGGGCAUUCAGUCUUGAGUGGGCUGGUAUGUGA